CCAUAAUCAGUGCAAGUGAUAUUUUUUAAAAAUUUAUAACUCUCCGUUGUCGUUUAUUAUUCGCGUUUAUAAUUAUUUAUAAGUAUUUUUUCUUAAAAUAAUCAUCGAAAAUGUCAAUAUAUCACGCGUAAUUGUGUAUUUACUCGAACAUAUCAUCUCUCAGUGGAGUUACUCGUCCUUCAGAUAUUCGUUUCUGUUGGGUCAAGUCAGAUUGCAGUUUCAACAUAAUAUUAUGUAGAGUAGCUAUUCCUCGUAUCCAAAAUCAUCAAUAUUUCGUCAAGUCUUACCAACUAAAUGAUUACCAGUUUAUCGUGAAUUCUAACUACAAACUCGAAAUAAAUCAUGAGUCGGGGUAGCGUCAACAAAAUCUACGUUCCCGACGAGCUACGUGAAAUAUUGCUCGAUUUCACCGUGAAUUAUCUACUGGAACAACCUCAGGAAGAUGUAGUCACAUACGCUUGCGAUUUUUUCAACCGAUUAAGGGAAACUCGCAAGUUGGCGGAUAUAAGAUCACCUUCUGUUGGCGAAGAAUCAGUUAUCUCUGAAGAUGAAGCUCCUAUGAAUAGAUUCAAUUCUAGACGAAAAUCUGUCUUCGCCGAAGCAUAUAAUCCCGAAGAGGACGACGAUGAUGAUAAUAAAAAAGUCGUCUUUCCUAAAUCCGACGCACAAAGACAAGCAUUAGCUGAUAGUGUCAAAGAUAUAUUACUAUUUCGUUCAUUAGACAAAGAACAAAUGAACGAAGUUAUCGACGCUAUGUUUGAAAAAAUCGCGGAAAAAGACGAUUAUAUCAUCAAACAAGGAGACGAUGGAGAUAAUUUCUAUGUCAUACAAGAAGGUGUCUACCAAGCAUUUGUGAAUACCGACGAUGGAAAGCAAUUAUUAGUUCAUACGUAUAAUGGUAAAGGUAGCUUCGGCGAGUUGGCUUUGAUGUACAACAUGCCACGAGCAGCUACAAUCCAAGCAGCCACCAAAGGUUCUUUAUGGGCGAUGGAUCGUCAAACAUUUCGUCGUAUCGUAUUAAAAAGCGCUUUCAAAAAACGAAAAAUGUACGAAGCCUUGAUCGAUAACGUACCGAUGCUAAAAGCUCUACAGUCGUACGAAAGGAUGAACUUGGCCGACGCUCUGAUUCCUCGCUCUUAUAAUAACGGAGAAUGCAUAAUCAAACAAGGUGAUGCUGCCGAUGGAAUGUAUUUCAUCGAAGAUGGCACCAUUCGUAUAUGUAUUUUGGACGAAGCCAAUAAAGAAGUAGAGAUUAAGAAGAUCGAAAAAAGCGGGUAUUUUGGUGAAUUGGCUUUGGUCACACAUAAACCCAGAGCUGCCUCGGCCUAUGCACUCGGCGAUGUCAAAUUAGCUUUCUUGGAUGUGGAAGCGUUCGAAAGAUUACUGGGUCCUUGCAUGGAUAUCAUGAAACGCAACAUCGACGACUACGAGAAUCAGCUGGUGAAAAUAUUCGGAUCAACGUGUAACGUUAACGAUGUCCGAUAAACGAGCACAACUAACCAAAGUGCCAUACAAAAAAAUAACCAAUUUUAAGUAUCAUUUUUUCCGCGUUACUUUUUUUCUACUUUUGAUAUCUAAUUUUUCGUUCUUGUUUUAUUUUUGUUUUUCGUUUUCACACGCCUAGUUGCGGUUUUUGGAAUUCGGAAAAAAUUACGUAUCACGAUUACGUACGAAAAAAAAGACGAAAGAAAACCAAACAUGCUAAAGUAUUAAUUUCCGAUAAUUUUUAAUUCACUUUUGUUGAUUUUAUUUAGGUAUAGGUAGUAGUAAUUCUAGCAUGUUUUUUUUUUCGUAAUCUGAAGUCAGAACCUACCCUAUUUUCAUUCUAAUAUGAUUCACUUCUUUUACAUAGGCAACUCGAAGUUGGGGAGGUUUUUUUUUAUUUUUAUUUUUUUUUAAAUUAAGAAAUCAAAAAAUUUCAAUAUCGUGUGCAAUAUUCUGUUUUAACUUUUAAUUUUUAUUUUUGUGUUAGUUUUGUUCGUUUGUUCAUUUCGCUUCUUUAUAUGUAUUUUAAUUUUCCCCUCCCUCAUUCUUGUUACAUUUUGUUAUUUAUUGUCACAUUUUAAAUGGUGUUGGGGUGACUUGGAAGUGAUUUUUAGUAUUGCUUUCCAACAUGUUCCUUACGUGUGUCGACUCAAUUGCUACAAUGAGAAGAGCAAUUGUGUAGGACAUAUCAGUUGUAAUCAAUCGUAUGUGUGUAGCAUAUGAACUGGCAGACUUUAAGGUUCGUUGUUCCCAUCUUUUAUUUUUUUUUCUCUGUUCAAAUGGUUACCUCAUAUUAACGAAGGCGAGUACGUAUUUUUUUUACGUUUCGAUUUCUUUUUUUUUUUCAAUUUUAAUUCUAAAUCAAUUCCGAAGAGUCGAAGGUGUUACGAGUACGAGGUUAGAUUGUACAUAUUUUAACGACCUCUUUCGUUAACCUUGAUCGAGUUAGCGUUCAGAAUAUUUUAAAAUAAGUAGUGUGAGAAAAAUUACCGCUUGUAUAUAUUUUUUUCUUCCUUUUUUGACUUUUUUAAAAAUUCAGUUUCAAAUUUGGACCGAAGGAUAUCCACUUACGUCUUCUUAUAUUACGAUGUAUAAAUUUUGGCCAAUCUCUUCGAUAAGAAAAUUUAGCUAGACGAGUGGCUUAUUUCUCGAGAAAAAAAAAUACACUGAUCAGUGCUGGGCUAUUUUGAUUGAUAAAAGUGAGGUCAUUGUUUCCCUCGUUCGAGUGAAUGGCAGUGGCAUUGGUGGUUAUAUUUUUCCUUCAUUUAACGGUAUUAGAUAGUUUACUUGUUAUUUCUAGUCUUAUAUACGAUAUCGUUUAGUUGAAUAGUUUCUCGAGUGUGCGUCCGGACACGCUGUGUGAUGGUUGAUGGACGAUACACUCGUCGGUUUGUUAAUUUAGUAGAAGUCUUUUAGAUUACGAUUUUUUAUAGUUAGUUCGCGGCUCGGUUUUGUCUCGUGGAGUACGUAGAUUACGGCAUAUCAUUUUGGAUGAAAUUUGUGAUGAUUUUACGACUGUUAUUUUAGGUAUAGAAUAAACGAAGCUUAGGAUGGAAAAUAGUCAAACGGAGGAGUCGGAUUGGUUAGUCGAGUAAAAAAGGUCCUUAUUUGAGAUUCGGGUUUUUAUGGUUUAUUAUUGGUGGAGUGAGGCAGAAGUGAAGUUUUAACGCGGUUGUGAUGAAUUUGGAUUACUUUUGGUUUCGAAUGCAUAUUUUUCAAUUCGGAUUCGGAUCAUGGAUCUUGAGUGUAAUUUUGAAAAUUAGAACUAGGCUGGGAAAAAUUCUCGUUUGAGCCUUUCAUCAUGAAAAAAAGGAUCGUUGCCUUCAGAUGAGCGAUAUUUUUAUCAAUUGAAGGAAAUUGCGAGAAUUGUUUUUUAUUCGAGACUUCAUUGUGUUGAGAAGUUGACCGUAUUGUCCAGUCAAAGUGACUAGUACAGACAGCAUUAAGGCGUUACUGUUGUUAAUUCAUCGUGUACAAUUUAAGCAUUAUUUUUCCGUCCUUUGUAUUUUUCAAAUACGUGUUCGAGGAAAAAUCGCACAUCCAGGGAGGGGUACUCGAUUAAUCAAUUUGCUGCUUUUUUAUUUUAUCAGUAGUAGAUGCGAUACUUCGAAGCAUCACCGUUGCAUGUAUAAAAAUGAUUCCAAAAGAUCGAGUGGUCGGUCAGAAUUUUUUUCAUUUUUUUUUCUAAUCAAUUUUUUUCUUCACUUAAUUUCUGACCGGCUAAUUCUAUAAUGACGCGAAGUUUUCUUCCAAGUUUAAUCAAAAGGUUCGACGUACCUUUGACCAUUGAAGAAAUUCUUUGACGGUGAUCGGCACGUUAAUUUUGACAAUCAUUCGCGUAUUGUAAUAUUCGAUAAUCUACGAAUUGAAUUCGAAUGAGGAGUAUUUUAAAAAUUUGUACUGUUUGUUCGUACAAUAAGAACACGAAACGAAUACUUAUAUAUUUUUUAUUUCUUAUUUGCUAGAAUGAAAUAAGGUAACGGUAAUGUUUCGAGGAACCCGACCCUAUAAUAAUAAGUAUUACAAACAAAACUUUUUUACUUGUGUAUCAGUGUGUGAAAAAAAAUGUUCCCAUGUAGCAUAUCUAUGUAAAUUUAUGAUCAUACAAAAUGUAAAGUCAUAUAAAUUUUAAAAGCUGUCGCAAUAUUUUUUACGUAAUGUACAAAAUUGUCUACGUAUUAUUAUAAAAUUUCAACGUUCUAUAACGAAUAUCACUAAUUUUGUUAAUUGAAAUUUAUAUACAUACAUUCCAAUCCUCUUUGUAUCACUAUGUUGUGUUUUCGCUAAGGCGUUUUUUUUUUUUUUUCAUUUUGUUCUCCUUUUUUCCCUCUUGUUUCUUCAUGGGACCUAAUAAUUUAGCAAUUUAACGUACAAUGUAACAUAAGUAUUUACUUAAAGUUUGAAGAAAAAAAUUACUAAUCCUAAAUUAUUUAAUCGAGUUUGAUUUUUUUUUUUAGGGAUACUAUGUUAUGUUUAAAAACAAAAGUUUAAUAAUCCAAUUUACGAAUAAUUGUAGUUUGAGACUGUUAAAUUCUAUUCUUAAUGGUAUGGGUUAUUUUACCAGUACUUGAUGUACGUAUUUUAAUUUAUUGUUUCGUUUCGUUUUUUUUUUCCUUUUCAUUUAUUCGUUUAUAUGUUGUGUGGCAGUCUCUGUAGCGUAGUUUUUAAAUAUUCUACUAUUUAGAUAGGUACCUACGUUUUUGCUCAUCGAGUUAUACAUUCCUAAGUACGGAAAAAAUGAAUCAAAAUCUCCCCAUAAAGCAGUAUUUUUUUUUAAAACUUAAUGUUCGUUUCAUUUUUAUCGAUGUUUCUACCUAUUUGAAAAGAAAAGUUGAAUUCAUUUUUUUUUUUUUUUUAAUAAAAAAAAUGUGUUUUAUUAUCACUAGCUUUAAAGUAGCUAACGCACACGAUUAUCGGGGAAAAAUUCAUUUAUAGAAAAGGGCUGUUAAUCUAACGCGUAUUUUACUAUGUUACGUUACGUAUGUUUUAACCGAAAUGUGUAACUUUUUAAUCAUAAAUAGAGUAUCGUGUUAACGUUCAGUCGUACCAUAGUUAAUAUUAGUAAUUUUUAAGCAGUAUUAAUUUAUUUAAUAAAUGUAUUAAUUGAUGAA